UGCCUCAACACAACGUAUCAUUAUAACAACUCUCACAUCACUGUGUUUUCAACUUCAAUCACACUUCUUUGAGUUUGUAUUAUUAUUAUUAUAUUCAAAAGUUUCAUAGAUAGAUAGGUAUAGCAACAAGAUGGGUUGGACAGGAGAAGAGAAUAGACGUUUUGAGGAUGCACUUGCUGUAUUUGGUCCAGAAGAUCCAAACCGGUGGCAACGUGUGGCUAACGCUGUUGGUGGAAAGUCAAUACAAGAAGUUCAAAUGCAUUACGAAAUCCUCAAAGAAGAUCUCAUUCGAAUUGAACGUGAUCAAGUUCCACUACCCUCUUACAGAGGAGGAGGUUCUUCUGGUGUCAAUAUCAACAAUACCAGAAGACAACUAAUUGCUGAUGAACAAAGGAGAAUGAGGAAUCUUAAUAUCCGUUGAAGCAAAGACAAAAACUGUUAGAGCUCUGGAGCAACCUGUUUUUUAAUUAAUUUAUAUUAAUGUGUUGUCUAUUUCUAAUUUGAGUAAUUCCUAAAUGUAGUUUGUAACAAAUGUUGUAUUAUGUGAUUUAAUUAAUGUAAGACUAUAUUAGAAAUUCUGUCUAGUUGAUUUAUUU